GGGGCGCGGCCGGGCGGUCGGUGGCCUGGCGGACUCUGCCCACCCGUUAGCCGAGGCCCGGCUCCCGCGUCCGACGGCGCGAGGCACACAGGAGGCGCUCAAUAAGUACUGAAUGAAUGAAUGAACCCAUCCCCUCCGCGGCUCGGCCCGAUCAGCCUCCAGUUUGAGAGCGUCCAGGCCUUCCUCACCCCUACUCUACGGACUGGGGCAUCCAGCUAUCGGACGCGUUUAUUGGGCACCUAUUGUGUGCCUCUGUGGCUUUGCGCUGGGUUCUGCUGGGCUUGAGCACAGCAGCCACACUGUCCCCGCGGAGCUUACAGCCUAGGGAGAGGAACGGCUUUAAAUAAUGUAGUUCCCCGUGUAGCACAGGAUAGAAGAAAAUAACGACAGAGAAGGGGAUGCAGGGAGCCUUUCUGACCGGCGACCGCGGAGCAGAGAUCUCAAGACCUGAAUGAAGAGAGGGAGCGGGCUAUGGGAAGGGCUAGGGGGCUGGGGUCGGGGGGAAGCCCCCAAAACAGAGGAGGGGCCGAGAUUCCUCCUAAUAAUGGUGACAUUUUGGAGCCCAGGGUGAAAUAUACCCCACUUUGGCCCAUUGAGUCACAUAAAGAGGCCCUGGUCAGUGUCCACACAUUUCAGCUCGCCUGUUUGUUCAGCCAGCAGUUGCUGGGCUUCUGUUCUCCUGUGGCAGGUACAAAGCACACAGUUUAGAGCCGAGGUCAGCCGGAGAGGGCCCAUCUGAGGGGUCCUAGAGGCAGUGAACCAAAAGAUAAGAAGAAGACAUCACUGAAUUGUGGGGAGAGGGGUGUUUGGAAUGUUCCAGGCAGACAGAGAACAACCCGUGCAAAGGCCCUGAGGCACAAACAAGCUUGGCACAUUCUCACUGUCUAGAGCUCCAGCCUCAGGGUAAAGAGUUGGCAUUUUAUGUCAGGGCAGUGAGAAGCCACUGGAGUGGCACCAUCCAGUAGAACAUUCUGUAGCCAUGGAGAUGUUCUCUGUCUGUGCUGCCUAACAUAGUAACCACUAGGCUCACGUGGCUACCAAGCUCUUAAAUAGUGGCCCACCAGACCGAGGAGCUGAAUUUUAGAUUUUAUUUAAUUUUAAUUAAUUUAAACAGACACACACAGGUAGAUGCCACAGCACUGGAGAAUUUUCUGUAGGAGGCAGUGGCAUGUACCAAGUCUGAGAAUGGAGUGAAGUUCUUUGGUUUGACAGCCUGGGUUACCUGAGCUGGUUAGAUAAUUGGACAGCUAACACGGUUGCCUCUCAUGUUCACAGUUGCUGGACUGAGGCAUGAGCCUCCAGCCUAGUGGCCUGGCCCGGUAGCAGAGUGUGGGGCGGAGUGUGCGCCUGCACAUGGUUUGGGCCCUGUGGUGACUGGAGCAGCCCAGGCCGCCACCAUGAUGAAGUUGUUGGUGGCCAAGAUCCUUUGCAUGGUGGGCGUGUUCUUCCUGAUGCUGCUGGGCUCUCUGGUCCCCGUGAAAAUCAUCGAGACGGACUUUGAGAAGGCCCAUCGCUCGAAAAAGAUCCUCUCUCUCUGCAACACCUUUGGAGGCGGGGUCUUCCUGGCCACCUGCUUCAAUGCUCUGCUGCCUGCUGUGCGGGAGAAGCUCCAGAAGGUCCUGAGCGCCGCGCACAUCAGCACCGACUACCCGCUGGCCGAGACACUGCUCCUGUUGGGCUUCUUCAUGACGGUCUUCCUGGAGCAGCUGGUCCUGACCUUCCGCAAGGAGAAACCAUCCUUCAUCGACCUGGAGACCUUCAACGCCGGCUCGGACGUGGGCAGUGACUCGGAGUACGAGAGCCCCUUCAUGGGGGCCUCGCGGGGCCACGCGCUCUACGUGGAGCCCCACGGCCAUGGGCCUGGCCUGAGCGUGCAGGGCCUGGCGCGGCCCAGCCCCGUGCGCCUGCUCAGCCUGGUCUUCGCCCUGUCGGCCCACUCGGUCUUCGAGGGCCUGGCCUUGGGGCUGCAAGAGGAGGGCGAGAAGGUCGUGAGCCUGUUCGUGGGGGUGGCCGUCCAUGAGACGCUGGUGGCAGUGGCCCUGGGCAUCAGCAUGGCCAGGAACGCCAUGCCCCUGAGGGACGCGGCCAAGCUGGCGGUGGCCGUGAGCAUCACCAUCCCGCUGGGCGUGAGCGUGGGCCUGGGCAUCGAGAGCAGCCGGGGUGUACCCGGCAGCGUGGCGUCCGCGCUGCUGCAGGGCCUGGCGGGCGGCACCUUCCUCUUCGUCGCCUUCCUCGAGAUCCUGGCCAAGGAGCUGGAGGAGAAGGGCGAGCGCCUGCUCAAGGUCCUCUUCCUGGUGCUGGGCUACGCCGUCCUGGCCGGCAUGGUCUUCCUCAAGUGGUGAGUGUCCUCGCCCACCCUCACUGCCGGAGCCCGGAGCCCCGGCCACACGCAGGCCGUGUCCCACGAGAGGGAGCGCCGCGGCCCCGCUCUGCCCGGGCACCAGGGGCCUCCGGACCGCUGCGCCCCAGACCCCGCGCCCCGAGCCUCACGGCACUGCCCUUUUGGAAAUACUGCUCUUAAAAAUAUU